AUGAAAUCAUUUUGUUACGAAUUUUUCAAACCCAAAGAUUCGUAUUCCGCUGAAAGAACUUUACUCGCCAUAACUUUUGUAAUGGGUCUUACGCCAUUACGCGUUCGGGGAUCUGAAGGCAAACGCCAAAUGUCUAUAUCAUAUUUGGGAUUUGGCAUCACCGUCUUACAGGGAAUAUUUUUUGUCUAUUGUUUUAUACAUUCAUUUCUGGUGGACGAAUCUAUAGUGGGUUACUUUUUCAAAACGGAAAUUUCGAAAAUCGGUGAUAUUUUACAAAAGUUCAUUGGUCUCAGCGGUAUGCUUAUACUAUUCGGUGUUAGUUUGAGGAAAAGUCGUGACAUGAUCUAUAUGUAUCAUACGAUAGCGGUUAUAGAUUCGAGAUUUUUAAAUUUGGGUGUGGAGUUUAAUUACCGUUAUAUUAUGAAAUUUAGACAUUCGAAAUUGGUUAUGGUAACGAUAGUUUGUGUGGGCUAUUUGGCCAGCAGUUUGUGGAUGUUGUUUCACAAUCAAAUAUGGCCUUCAUUUCAAGCGGUAGUGGCAUUUUUUGUACCGCAUAUAUUUUUGUUAUGUGUAGUGGUUUUAAAUGUUUCGUUUGUAAUGCGUUUUUGGCAACAUUUCGAUUUGUUAAAUAAGGUUCUCAAAAAUCUUUGUCAUCAAUGGGAUACACGCAGCAUUAAAACGAUAACCCACAAACAACGUUCACUACAAUGUCUCGACUCAUUUUCCAUGUACACCAUUGUUUCGAAAAACCCAGCAGAAAUUAUACAAGAAUCUAUGGAAAUACAUCAGCUGAUAUGUGAAGCAGCCUCUACAGCUAAUAAAUAUUUCACUUAUCAAUUGUUAACCAUCAUUUCUAUAGCAUUUUUAAUCAUAGUAUUCGAUGCCUACUAUGUUUUGGAAACACUAUUGGGAAAAUCGAAAAGAGAAAGUAAAUUUAAGACAGUGGAAUUUGUAACAUUCUUUUCGUGUCAAAUGAUUUUAUAUUUGAUAGCGAUCAUAUCAAUUGUGGAGGGCAGUAAUAGGGCUAUUAAAAAGAGCGAAAAAACUGGUGGCAUUGUACAUGCUUUAUUGAAUAAAGCUAAAACAGCUGAUGUUAAGGAAAAACUUCAACAAUUUUCUAUGCAAUUAAUGCAUUUGAAAAUUAAUUUUACUGCUGCGGGUUUAUUUAACAUUGAUCGUACUUUAUAUUUUACGAUAAGUGGCGCUUUGACUACAUAUUUGAUUAUUUUACUACAAUUCACCUCAAACUCUCCGCCGGUAACACAAAAUGGGUGCGAUCCAUCUCUGGCUGUGUCACUAAAUCAAACGGAAACUUAA